AUGCUCGUCCCGUCCGACAUGAUCGCGGCCCAGUCGAAAAUGGUUUACCAAAUGAACAAAUAUUGCGCGGAUCGCGUGCAGGUGCGCAAGUCGCAGAUCCACAAAACGAUCAUGGAAGUGUGUCGGAUUGUGCAGGACGUGCUCAAGGAGGUCGAAGUGCAGGAACCGCGAUUCAUCUCGUCUCUGAACGACUACAAUGGCCGUUACGAGGGGCUGGAGGUCAUCUCACCCACCGAGUUCGAGAUCAUCAUUUACCUGAACCAAAUGGGCGUCCUGAAUUUCGUGGACGACGGGACUCUGCCGGGUUGUGCGGUUCUAAAACUCAGUGACGGACGCAAGCGAUCCAUGUCGCUGUGGGUGGAGUUCAUUACCGCUUCCGGCUACCUCUCGGCCCGGAAAAUCCGUUCGCGCUUCCAGACACUGGUUGCGCAGGCGUGUGAUAAGUGCGCGUACCGGGAUAUCGUGAAAAUGAUCGCAGAUACCACGGAAGUGAAGUUACGCAUCCGCGAAAGGAUUAUUGUGCAAAUCACGCCCGCCUUCAAGUGCGCGGGGCUGUGGCCCCGGUCGGCUUCUCACUGGCCGCUACCCGGAAUUCCGUGGCCGCAUCCUAAUAUCGUGGCCGAGGUGAAGACCGAAGGAUUUGAUAUGUUGUCGAAGGAGUGCUUGGCGCUGCAAGGAAAAAACUCUGCCAUGGAAGGCGAUGCCUGGGUGCUGAGUUUCACAGACGCAGAGAAUCGAUUAUUGCAAGGUGCAAGUCGACGACGUUGUCUCAGCAUCUUAAAGACACUGCGUGAUCGUCACUUAGAUUUGCCCGGAAACCCGGUGACAUCAUACCACCUAAAGACAUUGCUUCUGUACGAAUGCGAGAAACAUCCACGUGAAAUGGAAUGGGAGGAAAAUUGUAUUGCCGAUCGGAUCAAUGGCAUCUUCUUGCAGUUGAUCUCAUGCCUACAGUGUCGAAGAUGUCCUCAUUAUUUUCUACCAAACAUGGACCUGUUCAAGGGUAAAUCGCCCGGUGCCCUCGAGAAUGCAGCGAAGCAAGUGUGGAGGCUGACAAGGAUUAUGCUAACCAACGCCAGAUGUCUUGAAGAACUUUAAUUCAGUUGCAAGACCUAUUCGUAAGCCUAACGUAUUAAAAGGACUGUGUAGUAUUCGUGAUUGCGUGGAAAGAUACUCAAUGUUAGAUGAAUGAUAAGAAGAAUGCGCGAGUGCAUUAGGAGAAGCGAAAAUUGAAUUUUCUUCUUGCUAUAGUCAAAAUUUCUAGGAUGGCUUCAGUGUAGAGUAGUCGCUCAAAGGCGUUUCGAGUAGUAAAUUGCUCCUGGAAAUGAUAAUGUGUGAUUAGCAUGAGGACGACUGUGAGUCCUUAUCAGGCGCUCUGCCAAUUUAUUAUUGUAACAUUUUCAUUUCUGUUCGAACACUAAAACUCAUUUGAGAGCUACUGAUGAAACUCAGCAAAAACUUAGUAACAAAUAAUCCAAUUAUGGCAUAAUCCUUGUUACAUCUUUUUUCAUUCCCAACCAGCUACUUGUUAGCUAAUUUGAAAAACAUUUCCAAACAGUAAAACAGUACUACGUAGCUUAUCUCGAAUCAAUGUUGCAAAAACGCAAUGACAAGAUACACAGGUAACACAGAUAUGACAUGUCCACUGUAGCCAUUCUCUUUAAACUAAAGAUGCAAUAUCUACGGUCACCACCGACCCAAGUUUUUAUCAUAUUACAUUUCGCGCUGUCGCUGCAUUACAUACUCCUGGCUACGACUGGCCUUAAUGUGUAUCUAUCAAUAAGUGUUCAUCUACAAAGGUAACGAGUGGCGACGAAGCGGUUAAAUCUUUAUAGUUCCAUAUAGAAAUCAACUUAUGUUAACUGAGACAAAGGCUUGAGUAUCUUUUUUGUGGCGUGGAGGAUCCUCUUAAAAUGGCAUCGCCGUUAAUCAAAUGUGUCACUAAGUGGCCUUUAAAAAUAGCCGAGAGAUAAGCUUGAAUAGAAGCAAUUUACAUAACAAAACGUUCCUAUUCUACGAAUUCUCGGAAUGGCCUCACCUCUCCCUAGAACAAUAUCUAAAUUAAAAUAUAUCUGAAUUUAAUGUGAAACCUAUCCAAAUAAGUCGUUAAAAGCACACACAGGCACUAUCGACCUCUGAAAAAACAUAUCGUCAUGAAAAUCGGAUCUGACUCCGCUCCGGCUCCUCUCUUGCUGGAUACGUCCCAGGUCUGAAUUAGAACUUUGUCGUUCCACCUACAAAAAUGCGCUUGGCACGUAAAAGUAUCAAUAAAAAAUUGAAUUUCAGUCGCUAUUCAGAAAAAUCUCACAUAAAUUUCAGAGGGAGAAUAUAGAGAUGAGCACAGCCAACUGAACGAUUAAAAUAUGUUUGAUUCUCCUUUCGCCUCGCAUAAUUAACAUUUUAGAUGUAAAACGUGAAUAGGAAUCGAUUAAUCACUGAAUUUGGAAAUAUGGAAACACUCUUGAGCGACACCAGUCUGAAAUCUGAAUCAAUUUGGUUGGGCUUUUAUCUUGUGCACUUUGGGGGAAUUUCAGGUUAUCGUUGAGGGUUGCCGCAAGCUCUGUUAAUGCAAAGACCCAAUAAUUGAAUUGGGCGAUUUGUAAGGUUUAAUUUUGGAAGUGGUAAGCAGCUAACAGCUUUAAAUCCUUAAAAGUUUGCAUACAUAGCGUGACGUAGAAACAAAUUUUAUAAAAAGGCAUUGGCAUGACGUUUUCAGAUUUUACCGGAGCUGGUCGGAUUCUUGAGAAAUACAUUACGAACUCAACGCGGCUAAAACCAGGUUCAACUAUCGGUACCUCUUGCUCUUCCCAACGUUAGCACUACCACGGGACAUGGUAAUGCCUCCCCGUGAUAUGUACUUCUGUACAUCUUAUAUAUUGGUAAUUCACUGUCCAGCAGACGACGGUUAUAUUCAGAGUUGACUAUUUCACAAUCGUUCGCGAGACAGCCCAAGGAAGCUUCAGUUUAUUUGAACCAUUUUUAUCUAUAAACACUCCAAGGGUUGUUUGUUUUAUUAGAAUGUUUUGUGCUGACAUGAAGGAACCGAAACUAGCCUACUAUGAAGAUACCGUAUCAGCAAGAUUACUUUUCCUGAAGACGGCCAGAGAACUAUUGCUAUGCAACUCCACCGUAUUGUAACACUCCAUAUUCUGAAAUGGUAUUCCCUAACUGAAUUUUCCUAAAACCGACUUCCUGCACAGAUGCGAUAUUAAAUACGAUUUUUACACUGAAGUGUACCAAAGUACAAAGUAUAUAUAUAAUAUUACAUUGAGAGGGUGUCGCGUUGCAGAAUCAAAACAUCGUACCUCACUUGAACCUAGAUGAUGUUGCUACAAUUCCCUGUCCAUCUGGGAAAACUGAAUAAGUUAAAAACUGUGGACCUUGACAUCUAUAUUGUUUAUUGGGAAAACCACAUAAGCAGGACCGUAGACAGAAAAUCCGGGCUCAGCUUAAAAAUUAUAGGGAUAACCGAGAGCCAAGGUGAAAGUCAUGUACAUGGGUCUAGGGUGAAAAUUACGUAGGCCACCAUUAUCCAUUCUCUUCAUUGAAAUUCAGGCUAUUCAAAAACCGGCACAAUCCCCUCUCCGAUUUACAUUCAAAGUUGAAUUGGGUUAAAAUGCUGUGUUGCUGCUGGAAGAGCGGCUAGUCCCUCGUGGGUUCAAAAACUAAAGUUGAUAGACCAGUAGCUUACUCCAAACUACAAUUUUAUUUUACA